CUGCGCUCACACUCACACACCGAUGUCUCUGUCUGUCUUAUCAAUCAAUCAAUUCGAUAGACCGCUUACAGCCCUCGCACUCAUACCCUCGCACUCACUCAUGCAAAUCAACACAGGCACGUCGCUCCAUACGUCCCUCCGCAGUCCACUCACUCAUCAAUCAGUCAACUGUCUCUCUCCACCUGUCCGCAUCCCUCUGCAGAAAUGGCUCAGUCAUCUCCUCAAUCACCCUUUGGAAGUGCUCGUACUUGGCUGUCAUCACGGCCUCCGCCUCUGUCGGCGACCACUUCAGGUCGUUGAACGCCCCUCUGCCGUCCCAUUUGACCUGCGCAGAUGUCUCGAGCUUUGUCACCUCUAUGUUGCUGUCGUCGCUGCAAUCGGUGCCAUCACGGAGGCCGGCCAUCUUGUUGCUGGUGCCCACCUGCUGCUGCUGCUGUGGAAUGGCGCGGACAAUGCCGCCUGAUAGACAGGCACACAGAGGGUAGAUGUGUGGUUACAGGCGAGGGCUCCAUGCGUGUGCCUAUACCAAGGCAGCCUGUGAUCAACUCGGCGUCAUCGCCGAUCUGCGUGGCGGCGUAAAGUGAGUUAAACUGGAUGCCGCACCCCGUCCUGAUGGAUGCGAUGCCAAAGGAUGCAUCGACGGAGCAGGCCAGGCAGGCAUUCUCUGUGUCUGUCAUCUGCUGGCUUACGUACGUGAUGUGGAAGGCCUCCUCCCCCGACGUCGCGUUGAUGGCGUCAAAGGUCCAGCAGCCACGAAAGGGACCUGCACACACCACACCACACGGGCGGACCACAUGCCAUCACACUGAUUGACGAAUGAACAAGACAGCUGCCAUCCCGUCAUGGCUCACGUGCUGGUUUGCCGUCCUCGUCUCUCCGCGACACACCAUACAGAAGCCCUGCACCACACCACACCGCACAGCACAGUAAGCCUCACACACAAGCAGUACGUGCCUCUGCUCUGUGUGUGUGUGUACCUGUCUUCCGCGACAACGUGGGAAUGCCGUUGGCGAAGAAGAGGUCGGGUCUGCUCCAUGGCGACGUGAGCUGGAGCGUCCCGUUGUUGUCCAGCUGGAGCGUCAUCUUCUGGAUGCCCAAGGGACUAUCGCCAAGCAGCACGACGAACAGGGACCGCAUUUGUUGGAUCAGGAUGAACUGACAAGCAGGGGAUGAGGGUAUAGAAAGGUGGACGGGCUGUUUGGCGUGUGGUGUGCUGCUUACGGGUGGCAGCUGGAUGCCGACCCGCUGGAUGAGUGUCUCGAUCUGGGUGAAGAAAUCAUCCGACGCGUGCGCCACAUCCUGCGCCACGCUGGUCAGGGCGUUGUUGACCACAUAUAAGUCCGAGCCGCUCACCAGCACCGACUGAUGCAGAAACACACAACACAACACAACACAACAGCACAUCCGAUCUUCACCCACCCUUCUCCCACCCACUCACUCACACCCACCUGAUCGCUGAAGACGUCCUUGAUGUCCUCUUGCCCAAAGUCUACCACUCGCGACGCUGCCACCUGUCCAAUCUCAGCGUCCACCACUACCACUUUCUGCGGCGCAUCGCCGUCAGAUAUCACCACAUACCGCCGGCCGUCAUGCAUCAUCAGCGACGGCGUCGAGCCUGACCCAGUGCGACUCAGGCGGCCAGGGACGGGCGUGUCGAGGACGUCAUAGGGCGACGCCCAGACGACCUCAAAGCUGCCCUGAGACGCUACAGUUGCGUUGCUGGAUGGGGGGUGGAAUAGCACCUUGUAGAGCUGGGCGUUGGUCACCAGAUAGACAUUGUUCUCUUCAUCGAGUGCCACAGAGUUGGACACUUCCUCCUCCCCCCCUCCCAGCAGCAGAGGCACGGCGGUCUCGACGAAAUCUGCCGACCCAUCCGGGCCCUUCACGAGCUGCACGGCGCCAACCCGCCCCCUGGUGGUAAAGAAUAUCGCGUGGGCAGCCUCCAGCCCCUGUUCUUCCGGCGGGAACGACAUGGUCAUGGCGAUAAAGCUCUCGCCUUCCAGCAGCCCCUCGGAGCCGGUGGUCAUGUUGGUAAUCUCAAAGUGGGCGAGGAUCUUGAUGGGCGAGCGGGGAUCUGACGGGUCUUCGGAGUUAAGUGCGAGCAGGCGAACACCAUUGGGGUCGAAGAAGGCCCCGUCGGCGGCGACGAAGCCGUAGAUGCCGUGAUAGACGUCCUCAUUGGCGGCCUCGAGUGGCUUGACAUAGCAGGCCAGCACCUCGAGAUCCGUCGCGUUGCGGCCGAUCUUGCAGAUGUCGGUGAAGGUGGACGUCCACAUGUAAGAAGACGACCCACCGCCCUCUCCGUCUCCCUCACCACCCAUCGGGCCGGCGUAGUGCAGGCUGAGCGGGUCCAGGAGAUUCAAGUCAAAGAGGACGUUCUUGGCGAUGUUUUCUGCUGAAGUUGGCGCCAUGCUGUCCGUCGAUUGCGCUGAGUAGGGGCCGCCGAGAGCCAUUGGCCAUGAGGACCGUGCCAGUGCUGGGUUGCGGACGGCUGCAGCAGGAGCAGAAUCGGCUGGGUGAGUGGAGACAAAGAACAGCAGGAGCAGCAGCAGGGCUCUGAGCACAGCGGGGGGAGGAGCCGAGGACAUCGCCAGAACUUCGCGUUUGG